AUGUCUUCAAACAGUAGCUUCCCAUUAGAAAAUUCGUUGACUUUCCAGGAAGGCAAUCAAGAUGUAACGGUUUCCGUACACGCUCUUGACUGUGGCCACUUCACCCUUCCCGAGUACCAAUUCGUCCAUCCAAUCUCACGAGAUGCGCGCAAACACGUCCCGUCUUUGGCAUUCCUCAUUCAGCACCGAGACUUUUGCACAGGGCAUAUCACGCGGAUCGUUUUCGACUUGGGUUUACGAAGAGACAUAAAAAGAUAUGCCGCGCCAAUACAAAAGCACAUAGAGACACGGCAGCCCCUGACUACAGACCCUGAUGUCACGAAAAGUCUCGCACGAGGUGGACUACAAUCUUUAGACAUCGACUAUGUGAUUUACUCGCAUGUACAUUGGGAUCAUGUUGGCGAGCCUCGCGACUUUCCCGCAUCAACAUUCGUGGUCGGCAACGGCGCCUUAAGUCUACUGAAAGGGACCUCGAAUGCUCUUCGCGGAGGCCAUUCAUUCUUUGAGGCUGAUCUACUUCCUGAAUGUCGUACAAUAGAGCUGGCAGACCCCUCUGAGACAGUUACAGACGACUCCAAACCAAGUCCAGCGAAUGGCGCCGUGGACUUCCGCCGCCCAUGGAAAGCCAAUGGUAGCCUUCCGCAUACUUUGGAUCUUUUCGGGGACGGCUCAUUGCUUAUCGUCGAUGCGCCAGGUCAUUUAGCUGGCCAUAUCAAUCUUCUCGCACGCUGUACAGACGGUCAUAGGGUCUACAUGGCUGGCGACGCAUGUCACGAUAGGCGUUUAUUGACAGGCGAGAAAUCCAUCGGUGAGUGGGAGGACGUACAUGGGCAUACUUUUUGUAUACAUGCAAAUCGUAAAGAGGCCGAAGAAACGAUCAUGCGCAUCAGGAUGUUGGAACAAGAAGGCGUCGAGAUCAUAUUCGCGCACGAUGUCGAGUGGGAGAACGAUCCAGCAAACAAAUCGCGCUUCUUUGGUGCAAGCUCAUAA